AUGAGGGGCCUCCUUGUGAAGCCCCUGCGGACGCCAGACUUGCAGCGCAAACGGCAGCAGCAGCAGCAGCAGCAGCAGCAGCAGCAGAAUCGGGGUCUGAGCUUGAAGCAGCAGAUCGAGCAGCAGCAUCAGCAGCAGCUAAUUCCCUGGAGCAGCAGUCAGCCUAUAAGCGCGACUCUGAAUCGUGGUUUCAACACAACACCCAACAGCAGCAGCAGCAGCAUCGGCAGCAGCAGCAGCAGCAGCAGCAGCAUUCGUCCCUAUCAAGCGGGGCUGAACUCCUCUCCCUCUCCCUCUUCUUCUUCUGCCCCCGCGGAUUGCGUGCCCUUUGAGGAUGUCGUGCAGCAGCUCAUGCAGAGAGGCGGUUCUGUGCGUCGUCUGCGUUUCGGUGGUUUAGGGUCAUUAGGGUUCUGUGCGUCGUCUGCGUUUGGGUGUUUUAGUAUUUCGACUUUAGGGUGUUCUGUGCGUCGUCUACGUUUCGGUGGUUUUCGAUCUUCUCGGGGUUUGCUGGUUGGCAAAUUUCCGGAAACUUUCGCGGCGUGGAAACCGCCGAUAUCUAUCACCAAGGAUCUUCCUCUGGGCGCCCUGGAUUUGCUGCCUGUCUCUGAAUGGCUUACAUUUGAAAGAGCUGCAGCAGCGCAGCAGCUAACCCCAGAGGAGCUAGAAUCAAGGCCCGAGCAGCAGCAGGAGCAGCAGCAGCAGCAAGAGCAGCAGCAGCAGCAGCAGCAGCAGCAACAACAGCAGCAACAGCAGCAGCAGCAGCAGCAGCAGCAGCAGCACUUGACCCCUCCCCCCUCUCCGGCUCGGCGGCCGCAGCAGAAGACGUUUCUCUCCCGCAAGAAUGACGUCGACGCCUCGUGCUUCUUCCUCCUAGUUGAGAACCAACAACAACAACAGCAGCAACAGCAGCAGCAGCAGCAGCAGCAGCAGCACUUGACCCCUCCCCCGUCCCCGGCUCGGCGGCCGCAACAGAAGACGUUUCUCUCCCGCAAGAAUGACGUCGACGCCUCGUGCUUCUUCCUCCUAGUUGAGAACCAGGGCGCCCUGGAUUUGCUGCCUGUAUCUGAAUGGCUUACAUUUGAAAGAGCUGCAGCAGCGCAGCAGCUAACCCCAGAGGAGCUAGAAUCAAGGUCUCGUGCUCAAGCUUCUCUGGACGCGCUGCUGACGCGGCGUGCUGUGGGGCUGCGGCGAGCGAGCGACAGCGAGGACGACAGCAAACGAACAAAGCCAGCAGCAGCAGCAGCAGCAGCAGCAGCAGCAGGGACGAUGGAAGAUGAACUGGGGCUUGAAAGGUCCUCUCGUGCUCAAGCUUCUCUGGACGCGCUGCUGACGCGGCGGGCUGUGGGGCUGCGGCGAGCGAGCGACAGCGAAGACGACAGCAAAAGAACAAAGCCAGCAGCAGCAGCAGCAGCAGCAGCAGCAGGGACGAUGGAAGAUGAACUGGGGCUUGAAAGACAGAAGAAGAAGAGACUGAAAAGUUUCCUCAAAGACAAAAAAGGAGGAAAGGGAGCGACCAACGAGGAACAGCAACAGCAGCAACAGCAGCAGCAACAGCAACAGCAACAGCAACAGCAGCAGCAGCACUUGCGUCACUGCUAUCUUGGAGACACCACUGGGGCGUUAAGCAUUGGUAAUCUGCGUCAAGAGGCAGUGAGCUGGGACUUCGAGGACGGCGAGCGCAGCGACGAUGAGGGGGGGGAGGCCCCCCAGGAAGCAAAAGAAGCAGCAGCAGCAGAAGCAAUGGAUGGAGAACCAAUAGAGGAAGAAACAGAUGACGACCCAGAUGAUCCUCUUACUUCUUUUGGACAGAAGAUGAAAAAUUUGCUGGAGAAGGCGCGAGAUGAAGAGGCAGACGCAGAGCUCCACCAGUAUGACACAGAUGACGACGAUGAGGAGGGCGCUGAGGAGAAGGCCCAGGAUGGCCAGUCGGGGGGCCCCGGCGGUGCAGGGGCCCCCUAUUCUGAGCCACGUUCUGCUGCAGCAGCAGCAGGGAGGGGCCCCCAGGGGGGCCCACAGCAGCAAGAAGCAGCAGCAGGAAGCGCGCAGCAGCUAGCAGAGACACAGGAAACACUGGAGGCGAAGGUGGUCCGCGUUAUGCAGCAGCAUAUGGGGCGAAUGGCUGUGAAGGACUUUAUGAGUGCCUUUAAAGUGAAGGAGAAGAAUGACGACUUUAAACGCAUACAAGCGGUGGUCCACAAAGUAUGUAAGAUGGAGGCGACGGAAGAUAAACAAAAAUUUAUUAUCCUAAAACCCGAAUUCAGAUUAUAA